UUAGUUCUCGUUGGAUGUAAUUCAAGUGCAUUCGAGUCUGUAUCUUUAUUUUGAAUCACAUUUAAAAAAAAAAAAAAUGAAAACGAUCGUAAUUAUUUCUGCUAUUUGCGUUUGCGUUAGUGCAAUGACACUUGACGAAUUAAAAUCCGGACUACAUACUGUGCAGUCAGUUUGCAUGAAAGAAAUUGGCACUGCUCAACAAAUAAUAGAUGACAUUAAUGAGGGCAAGAUCAAUAUGGACGACGAAAAUGUUUUAUUAUUCAUUGAAUGUACGAUGAAAAAAUUCAAUGUUGUUGAUGAGAAUGCAAAUUUCAAUGAAAAAAUUUCUAGCGAUAUUGUGAGAGCAGUUUUAAACGAUAAUGAAGCUGAUCAAUUACUUGCCGAAUGUUCACCUAUUUCUGAUCCCAAUGCACUUAUAAAAAUUAGUAAGAUAUUAGAGUGCUUUUUUAAAUAUAAAACAAUAAAUCAGAUACUAAAUUCUUAAAUAUUCAAUUAUCAAGAGGAUUAUUCAGGAUACGACAACAUACUUACUUUUUUAUUUUUAUAAUUGAUUAUUCUAUUUACUUUAAUUAAUUAAAAUAUAUUUGAAGUUUUUUUUAAAUAAAUUGUUAUAUAUGGUUACUUAACUAUGGUUUAAGUUUUUGCUUAUCUAUUUAGCUUGAAUUAAGCUUCUCCGUUUUUCUAAAUUUUUAUAUUUUUAUUACUCACUUGAUGUAGUAGGUAAUUAUCUAUUAUCAAAAUUUUGUUUACUUCGUAUCUAUUUCGAAAUUCUUUUAUAUUAUAAUUGAGAACUAUUCAAUUCUAUUCUAAAAUAAAUUAUUCUGUUAUUUAUAAAAAUUAUCAAAAUAUAUAAUAUUUUAGAUUAACAUUGUAAUUUUAAUUGCGAAUUAUUAAUAAAAUACAAAAUAGAUUUAUCAUUUGAAGAGACUUAAAUAGAAUUGAUUGAGUUAUUAUUAUAGAUCAUUUAGAAAUUAUGUUUUUGAUUCUAGGUAGACUAAGAAAAUCGGUCAAAUAAUGAUGAAACUAAUUGUUUAUAUUGGUUUUCAUCCUUUACUAUUAUGAUUAUAUAUAUCGUUUAUUAUGAUUAUAAUAUUUAUGUCUGAUUUCUGAUUUAUAUUUAAAUUUUAAAUAAAUUUUAUAAGAAAAUGAAUUAAUAAAUGAUAUUAAUUAAUGAC